CAUUGCUCCAACGACACCAUUGGAGCUCUACAAAGACCGGGACAUACCAUCGAACGCUCACAGUUGCCCUGCUUCAGCUGCGACCUGUAAUCACAAAGAUCCUCGAGCUCAUCGUGAGCCUGCCCCGAUCUCAUCCUCCCUCGAAGCUGCUUCAACAGCACCCUACGCCAUACACCAACAUGUCGCAAAUACACGCCAUGUCCGACGACCAGGUCAACGCUGAGCUGCGGAAGAUGACCGCCUUUAUCCGCCAAGAAGCUCUGGAGAAGGCGAGAGAAAUCCACCUCAAGGCAGACGAGGAGUUCAGCAUCGAGAAGUCCAAGCUUGUGCGCAGCGAGACCUCCAGCAUCGACGCAGAGUACCAGAAGAAGUUCACCCAGGCCGGCAUGAGUCAGCAGAUCACAAAGUCAACCCUCGCCAACAAGACCCGACUAAGAAUCCUGAGCGCGCGACAGGAACUGCUGGACGAGCUGUUCGAGAGUGCCAGCAAGAAGCUCGGUGAGACCGCGACGAAGGACAAGGCCAAGUACGAGACGGUGCUCAAGGACCUGAUAUUGGAAGGCCUUUACGCUUUGGUCAAUGAGAAGAAGGUCACAUUGAGAUGUCGAAAGAAGGAUGAGGACGUGGUGAAGAAGGCUGCCGAUAAGGCCAAGGAGGAGUACAAGAAGAGUAUGAAGCACGACGUGGAGAUCUCUAUUGAUCAGAAGGAGAGAGUGCCAGAUGAUUCAGCUGGCGGUAUCAUAAUCCUUAACAGCACCGGCAAGAUUGACAUCAACAACACUUUCGAAGAGCGAUUGCGACUGCUCGAGACCGACGGAUUACCUGCUGUUCGAGCGACUCUUUUUGGCGAGAACAAGAACCGCAAAUUCAAGGAUUAGAUCAAGGCACCAGGCUCGGGACAAAGUGGGAAUUGUACGAGAUAGGUAUGAGGGCCGUUAGGGCGGGUGCCACAUGUCGAAACAAUUAAAAUAUGUUACUACUG